GCCGCCACUGGCGUGGGGGUUAGGGGGUCCAAUUCCAUUUGGAUAUUUGGUCCGGGUUUUUCAGUGACGGCAGUGAGCGAUUCCAGGGCGAGGAGGUGGGACUGAAGGAUCGGUCAAAACUUUGUGGUAAUACAUUCUUCAGCAAUGUUCUCCUGUGGUGAUGAUGUUUGCUGUUGCCUUUUGGAUCCCUGAGGAUAAUGCACCCUGCAACAUCAUGGACCACUUGUGAAUUUGGGCUCCGUAAUCACACAGAGCUGUGGUGGGAAUGUAUUCUGCAAAGAUCUAAGACCUGCAGCAGCAGGAGACAGACUUUGCAGCACCUUUUGUUCUGACUAUCAAUAAAGUGAGGCCCCUACACAAUGCAAGACUUUGCCAGAUUGAAAUUUGCUGUCGCUGAAGACAAACUUAACAACAGAAUUGAAGCUUCCAAAGUCCCUAAAAGCACCAAUGCUGGGAAAGGUUUGGUUGCCUGGCCUUGUCGUUUGGUUGUACCCUGGGAUUGAACUGAAAGUCAUCCCUGGCCGUCUGCCUCAUGCACACACACAGUGUAAUGGCCAGUCCGCAGGAGGCUCUGACCUGGUCGCCCCCCUCUAACCUCAUCAACCAGAACCUGAAGGAAGAGCUGGGGACGCCGGGGCAAAGGGCCAGGGUCCGAGGAGUGGAGCACAAGCCGGCGUACUCUCCCCCCGAGAUCCUGGAUAACCUGCAGGAGAAGGGGCUGCCCCACGGGGACAAUUCCAACCACGCCGUCACCGUCACCGUGCUGGCCAGCCUCAGCGAGGACUCCCGCGACCACUUUGAGAACAGCGUGUUGCAGCUGAGGGAGCACGAGGAGGUUGGGCCCACCAAGGCCGCCGAGGAUGGGAAUGGGAACGGGAACGGGGAUGGUGGCAGUGGCGGUGACGGUGACCGCAGCAAGCCAGAUGAAAUGAGGGUUCACUAUAACCGCACAGGCUCGGGGUCGGGGUCUGGCUCGGGUGGAUUCCUGGAGGGGCUGUUUGGCUGCUUAAGACCAGUGUGGAACAUCAUUGGAAAAGCCUAUUCCACGGAUUAUAAGCUGCAACAGCAAGAUUCCUGGGAGGUGCCCUUUGAGGAGAUUUCGGAGCUCCAGUGGCUGGGGAGCGGAGCUCAGGGAGCUGUGUUCCUCGGAAAGUUCCGGGGCGAAGAUGUGGCCAUCAAAAAGGUCCGGGAGCAGAAGGAGACGGACAUCAAGCACUUGAGGAAGCUGAGGCAUCCGAACAUCAUCGCAUUCAAGGGGGUAUGCACGCAGGCCCCGUGUUACUGCAUUAUAAUGGAGUACUGUGCCCACGGACAGCUGUAUGAGGUUCUACGGGCAGGCCGGAAGAUCAGUCCCCGCUUACUGGUGGAUUGGUCCUCGGGAAUCGCCAGCGGAAUGAACUACCUACAUCUCCACAAGAUCAUCCACAGGGACCUCAAGUCACCCAAUGUGCUGGUUACCCACGACGACGCUGUGAAGAUCUCGGACUUCGGCACCUCCAAGGAGCUGAGUGAUAAGAGCACCAAGAUGUCCUUCGCUGGCACUGUAGCCUGGAUGGCCCCUGAGGUGAUUCGCAACGAGCCUGUGUCGGAGAAGGUGGACAUUUGGUCGUUCGGUGUGGUGCUAUGGGAGCUACUGACCGGGGAGGUGCCCUACAAGGAUGUGGAUUCUUCGGCCAUCAUCUGGGGUGUGGGCAGCAACAGCCUGCACCUGCCUGUCCCUUCCACGUGUCCUGACGGCUUCAAGAUCCUCAUGAAACAAACCUGGCACAGUAAACCUCGCAACCGGCCAUCCUUCCGACAGAUCCUCCUCCACCUGGACAUCGCAUCUGCUGAUGUGCUUGGAACCCCUCAGGAGACCUACUUCAAAUCCCAGGCUGAAUGGAGGGAAGAGGUGAAGAAGCACUUUGAAAAGAUAAAGAGUGAAGGAACGUGCAUCCACCGGUUAGAUGAAGAAUUGAUCAGACGGAGGAGGGAGGAGCUGAGGCAUGCCCUCGACAUCAGAGAGCAUUACGAGAGGAAGCUGGAACGAGCCAACAAUCUCUAUAUGGAACUCAGCGCCAUCAUGUUGCAACUGGAGAUCAGAGAGAAGGAACUCAUCAAACGCGAGCAAGCUGUGGAGAAGAAGUACCCUGGGACAUACAAGCGGCACCUGGUCAGGCCCAUAAUUCGCACUAAUGCUGUCGAGAAGCUGAUCAAGAAGAAGGCAUCAAACCACAAGCCUGGAGCCCAGGGGAAACGGCCCGACCUCCUGAGGUCAGACGGCAUCGUGCCGAGCGUGGAAGUUGGCCCGACUCACACGCCCGUCCCGGGCAGCCCCAAGGUGUCCACGCCGCCGGGGAAGACCAGGUACCGCGGCAAGCAGCGUCACCGGCGGGCCAACAGCAAGGGGAGCCACCAGGAGUUUGCGGGCUUCCUGCGGGCCAUCGCGGGCCCGGAGCAAUGUGUCCUGCAGCACCAGCACCGCCUGGGCGACGCGGCCAGCUGCGUGCACAGCCUGAAGUACUUCGGCCCGGCAGCUGUCCUCAGGAGCCCCCACACCGAUCGCCUGCAGCUGAGGCUGUCCGGCUCCAGCCCCGACCUCAUCUCCACCACACUGGCCGCUGGCUGCCGCAGGCGGGGGUCGGAGAGCGGCCAGGUCACGGACUGCGGGCACGGAGCCGCCGACCAGGGCGCCGCCUGUCAGGACUGUCGGGAGCACAAGGGCAGCGUGAAGGCCGAGAGACCGCCCAGUGGGUACAAGCCAGCCCCCGGUCUCCCCCAGGCUGCGCCGCACCACCCCGCAGUGCACUACAAGAACCCCAGGCUCCCAGAAAACAACAGGCCUUCGGAGGAGAGGCCGGCAGACAGCUCCAAAGCAGGGUCAUCCCUGAGCACCGCUCAGCAGCACACCACACCCACACUACCUCGUAAGCCGAGAGCCCCCAGAAAGGAGAAUGGAGAUGAGUCUUCGGAGGAGGAAGAGGGAGAAGUGGACAGCGAGGUGGAGUUCCCUCGCAGGCAGAGGCCUCACCGCUGCAUGAGCAGCUGCCAGUCGUACUCCACCUUCAGCUCGGAGAACUUCUCCGUUUCGGACGGGGAGGAGGGCAACACCAGUGACCACUCGUACAGUGGCACCCCCGACGGGCUGAGCAACAACAACGAGGAGCGGAUGGAGGAGAAGCUGGAGGACAUGCUGUCGCACACCCCGGAGAUCCCCAUCGAGAUAUCCAUGCAGUCCGACGGGCUGUCUGACAAGGAGUCGGCAGUGCGCAGGGUGAAGACUCAGAUAUCGCUAGGGAAGCUGUGUGCGGGAGAGCAUUGCCACGAGAACCCCGGCCCCUUGGUGGAAUCGGAGUGCGACUCCUCGGAGGCCGAGUGCUCGGAUGCCACCGUCCGCCGAGGGAAAGCAUGCAGCUCGUCCACCUGGUGAGGACUGGCACAGGCAGAGAGUGAGUUCUGCCCGGAGAGUGUGCAUGGAGAACACACACAAAAGACUAUCAAAACAUCCCAUGGGAACAAACUGCAAUAACACAGAGACUCGAGACCCUUCGAUGUCAAGUUGUGAUGAAGUAAUUGUAGAGUUCACCAUCAUUUCAAUCAAGUAUGGCAGGGAUCCACUUUGUUCAAUAAUGUAGCUAGUGUAACAUUAACAAUUUAUUUUUGUUUGACACUUCAUACUGUAAAAAUAUCAAGUACUUAAGAGACAUGGAGGGGCAAAGAAGAUGGACAAGGCAUUGCUAGUCUUAAUCGUUAUACUGCAUGAAGCCCAAGGCUCAGGGCAAAAGAUUACGGACCAACAUUAACCUGUACUGCUGCUUCAGCCUGAGACUGACCGAUGUAACAGGGUAAAAAGAGACCAAACUGGAUCAGGGUUCACAGGAAGACGUUACUCCCAUCGCUCACAGGUGCAGACUAUACACUGAAGGUGCACGCUUCAGCCUUACGAACACUAACCGGCUCAGUGUAAAGGCAAAGGGCCUCGUGGGGGGUGGGGGGGUGGUGGCGGCAUUGGAAGGAAUUUGGCAGCAAAGCCGGUACCGGGCUCUGGGGGCCGCGGCUGAGUGACGCUGGUCAGAGAGCUGAGGAGGCAGAAGGGAUCUGCAGAAGGGAUCCAGACACUGCAGGGGUAAGCGGGCAAAUUAUCGAAGGGUUCCCUCUCUGAGGUGUGGAGCACCAAACUGCCAAUACCCUGCCAUGAGGGGGUGGGGAGUUGAGACAAAGUCUAGGACAAAAGCAAUGCAGGUAAAUUUGAGGCUACUACCUCAACCCCAUCUGUAGCUCUCUUUCCCUAUCAAUUGCAGAAGUUCCCAUUGUCUCAUCGUCUCUGGUGGUUCUGAGGAGUGUGUCCCCAACUUGCACUGUGCUUUGAGUGGGGGAAAGGCCUUCUUAAUUUUAGAAAUCCAAAAAACAAAAAAAGCAGGAACUGGAAAUACUCUGCAUGCCAGUCAGCAUCCAUGGGGAACUGAAAAGCAUUUGGCUGAUUUUUCUGGCCCUGUAUCCUUCAGCGGGACCACAGAGAAGCUCGAGACCAAAACGUAGACCGACUGAAACCUGUGCUUAACUUGGUCCGUCAGGACAUUUUGCCUGAAUGAUGGCAAAGUUUCUGUGCCCAACCAGAAACAGGCCAGGAUGUUCCAGGAAGUCUGGUUCUGGCCCUGUGCCCCAGUGACCAGCACUCAAAUACAGCCCAUAACAAAGCGGGCAGCACCUGCUUCAGUAAGAGUCUGUCAGGACUUGGCCUCUUCGGAGGAGAGUUCAGUUCUUUCAGGAGACCAGUGCUGACCUCAGGAAGAGGAAGGGGGCUGGCUUAGUCAGGGGCACCAGUCCUGAGGUGACGGUACUGACUGGGGUGUGGCUGACAGGUUGGUUGUAGUGGAACUUUACUAUGUAUCCGACCUAUGCUGACACUACCCACGGAGUGUGUGAGGGGAAAUGCAGAGGGAGCUUUACCAUCCCUACCCUUGGAGUUUUACCCGCUCCCUUCUCUUCCUCAUCCUCUAGUUCUUUUCCCUCUCCAGUCCUCAAACUGAAGGCGGGUCAGGUGAUGUUGUGAGAGAGGGCAGUUGAGUGAGCGCGUCUGCAGCCUCCUCUCUCCCUCCUUUUCUGUGGACAUGUCCCAGGAGUGCACCAGACAACAUAGGCAUGGUCUGUCACCAGAUGAUCCUAGACGAGGCAGGUCAAGGUGGGAUGAGGGGUGAGACCCCAAAAUAAAAUGCCCAUCGAGUGGGUUGCUCCGUCAGAUGCUCCCCCUGCCUUGCUGGACACUGCAGUAUUGGUUGCUGUGAAAAGUUAGCCCAGACCUAGUUCCUCUCCAAGCACAAGGUCCAUCCGUGGCCGACCGAUACGACAGCUGCCCCUCCCCAGGUGCCAGGAGCUCCUCAUUGCUUCGCCGGAUGACGUGGUGUCGGACCAAACAUCAACCAUUCCACCGGGAAACUGAUCUCGGGAGCCCGGACGGAGCCGGGGUUUCUGGGCGCAGCUUGCCGUCCGUCGGGGGGGGGGCAAUGUUAUUUCAUCACCUCAGACUGGCUUCUCCACAGGAGGAGACGAGUUGUUGUAAACUGAUGAUUUCUGCUCGGCCCAGUGUUCGGUGGGAGACGUAUCAGUGUACCAGCACAGGUUUCAAUCUGAGCCGCCUUGCUCUGUCCAUGCAGGGCAGCGUGUUACGAUGUGCAAAUAUCAAAAACCACCAGAGAAGCAUUGUCCCUUUCAGGCUUUUACUCUGCUAACUAUCUUCCAGUUUUGAUUGUGUGUUACUUAGAUCCCUGGCAAUUGGCUGACUGAGGCAGUGGGCAACUCGGAGAGACCCACCUUCGGCUGCAGGCUGCAGGGACAGUUCGUUCCGGUGUGAUGGAUAAUUUUGUUCAUGAUACUGUGGAUAACCUGUAAGCCCUGGGAUAUCAGGUGGCGAGAAUCACAUCUCUCCCCCACCCCCAUGAGGCUCCAAAGAGAGAAUGUUCUGUCUGUGUGUCAGCCCACGACCGGAGAAUGGCCACUUGGAUAAGAUUCCUGUGUCCCUCUGAACUAUUUACCCUGGGAGGGCAGCAGGGCAGAGCGAGUUCCCAAUGUCAGGUGGCACCCUUGUGAUUCAAUGAUGGGUGUUGUGUUUCCCUGCCCUCUAUCUCUACACCCUGGUGACUCAUACUCUAGCCUGGAGGGUGCCAUUCAGUACUUCUGCCAGAAUCUUUCCCUCGGCACUGUGGGUUUGAAGACCUGUUUUCACAAGGCAAACAUCAAAUUCACAUUAAAAGCCCAGGCAGGUUCCACCAGAAACUGGCUGAAGUUAGAUUAGAUCUGGCCAGCACCAUAUAUAACAUAUAUCACAUAUAUCUGAACAUAUCAAUCAGUUCCCACACUGAUGAACAUUAUGUAAAAACAACCCAGUUUCCCCACCCUUCACACUGAUUAUAUUCAAAUAUAACUCGUUCCUGCGUAUUUAUCACUCUUUAUCUAAACAUUGUGACACCCGCAGCCUAGGCCGUCACUGUCCCUGUCAGUGUUGACUGGGUGAAUGAUAUUUCUCGUUAAUAUCUCUGAGAUGCAGGAAGCGUGUUUACUGGUAAUUGAUGGGGCAACUGGAUCUCAGUUCCAGGAAAGCCCUUGGAUCCCUCAAUAUACCACUGUAUGAGUAGUUAAGUUAUCCUGUGAGAGCAGACCAAAGCAAUUGUGAGCAAGGGGACCUCAGGAGAGCGGAGAACUUUAUGUCGCAGAGACAUCCUAACUUGCUCGAUCCCUGCGUGUGCAGCGAUGCCAUCUGACUUUUCCAUUCGUUCCAUGUAGCUGUCUGUUCCUCAGCUCCUUGCAAGAAUAUCUUACCCUCAAAUAUUUAUUUACACUUCUGAGAGAUUCACGUUGGUGAAAUAACCAAACUGGCAGUGUUGGAAAAGCCUGAAUCGGAUAGUCUGGAUGGUUCUUGCUCUCUCCAUAUGUAAUGUAUAAUUGUUCUUUUCAUAUUUGUUUACAGUCUGUGGAAUUGUAGACUCUAAUCACUCUUUCACAGAUUUUAGUACAUGUGUAAUUUUACAAUGGCUCAUUAAUGCAAAAACAGUAUCAGAUCAUUUUAAAUUAUUCUUUUUUGGUUCUGUAGCUGGACUACAUCAGAAUUCUUAACUUAUCAUUGAGGUUUUAAUUGUGUUUUUUUCUGUAGAUCAGAAUUUUUUGUUCUUUCCUCACCCCCCCCCCCCCCAAAAGGAUCUGUGAAUUGUAUUUGUCCAUCUCUGGUUCCUUUGAGCAUCAGCUGGAGUGCAUCGCGUCACAUGGGGGCAGGGACUGAAGUGAGGGGGUGGGGUGGUGGGGGCUGAGGCUCUGAACAAGAUGCAAUGCUGGUGGUCAGAAAGGUGGUUCAGUGCUUGCCUACAGUCAGCGAUGUGGGAGCACUGCACAGAUGGGAUGCUUCCUUCUUGAGCAGGAGGGAUUUAAAGGUGAAAUCUGUUCUCCUUGCAUGAGUUUGCAGCCCGGGAACAAGAGACAUGAGCUUUGCUGCAGUGUGGUGCUGCACUUGUGUUUUAACACACACCUCGUUUUCCACAGCCCUGCCUUCACUCCAAGAACUAGCCUGUUUUGACACUAUCGUUGGUUAUAAAGACAAGGGAAUUCUUCCCUCACCACCAGCCUAUGAGCCUGUUGUACAAAAGUUCACUUGAACUUUACUUCCUAAGUUUCUGCCCCAUUAACUUCCUCUCUCCCUGGGACCUCCAAUCCCUUGAGGAGCUUAGAUCAUUGUGGCAGAGUUUCCAAUUUGUGCAGCCCAAGAGGCACCAUCACAUGGCAGCCAGCAUCCAUUAGGCUCCCCAUAUCAGUUGACCAUUGUGUCCUUCAAGCUGCCCCACCUUCCUGGGAGAACAGCUAUCCAACAAGAAACCAUCUCCAGUUCACAAAAGAGACAUUCCCAGUAUGUUAUAAUUACAAAGGAAUUACGAGGAAAUAUAUGGAACAAUAAUUUUUCUAAUGAGUUAAUGUCCCUCCCUUUGAUCUUCUGCACUGGUUUACAUCUGCUCAAAUUGACCUUUGCAACAUCCAAAAAAUGAGCAUACAGAUUUACCCAGUUCCUCUGAUCUUUAAUCACAUCGCGGGCCAGGGUCCGUUCCUCUGUCCAGACAAGUUGGGAAGAGACACUUCAUUCCACCUGUCACUGACCUCGCACCGACACAGCUGUGCUUCUCCAUCCUCGAUUCCAACCCAUUCCCUCAUUGAAUGCACUGCUUUGUUUUUUAGAAAUGUCAAAUUUUAACCUGUGCAUUUCCAGACACGUCACCCUAGAUAUUGUUUUCAUAUCUUGGAGACCAGAGUCUUCACCACUGCUCCAAAACCUCCACCAACAGCUCCUAUCCUUCACCACUCCUCAGUCCCUAAACCAGUCAGUUCCUCUACUCGCCCCUCUGCUUCAAUUCAUUCUCCCUCUCCCCUCUGUUUCUCUGCUGACCCCGCGCCAUUUUCUCUCCCAGCUGCCUGUCCCUCCCUUUCAGCAUCUACCUCUCUCUUCUCCCUCUCACCCUCUUUUCUGCGCCUGUGCUCUCUCCUGUGCUCACCACCCCACCUCCACUCUGCCGCUUUCAUUUGAUAUUGUGAGAGUGGAGCUUACUGCGAAACCAUUUACCUUGUUUGGGGGGGGGAGAGGAGGAUGUAAUGGUUGCUGCUUGCGUUCUGCUACCACACCGAACAAGAUCCUAAACUGCAACUUUGAGCUUGUGUAGCCCUUGCUCCAACUUAAUACAUAGAUCAGUUUGGCAUUUGGUUUCAAAACUGUGAUCUUUUUAUACUCUGUCUCAUCAUUGUCAGCCCCGGGUCGUGUGUCCUACUAGGAUACCUGCUUGUGUUUGUCCAGAGUGGGCACAACUCUUUCCUUGUGAUCCAGUGUGGAUUUAUCAGCCAGUGAACCAACAAUACUGUGAAUAUAGCAAAACAGCUUCUUCCACCAAACCUGUUCCGCUAUUCAAUAAAAUCAUAUUGAAUCCUGAUCAGCUCCCCCGAAGCCUCACUCGAUCCUAAAGUGAACAUCUCUGUUCCUUAGCAUUAGUUCCCCUUAAUAAAUUGAAGUCUGGCUGUCUUGAUUUGAAAUUUUCAUUUGCUCCCUCUUUGUGGGAGGGAAGUGAGAUGAGAUAUUCCCAAGCAAUUGAAAUUGACAAAAGCAGCCAAUUAGAAACAUUAAGUGGGAAAGGCGGUGUGUGUGAAGCACGGGCUCAGUUUGGACCUUUCUGCAAAACGUGUGUGUAAAAAAUAUAUAUAUAUAUAAUUGACAGGGGUUUUUUCUUCCCCUCUUGAAAUGUACUCCACCAAAGUCUCACAUCUGACUUUCCUUUACCAUUUUUGGUAAAGCCACCACCCUCCCUGUUGUGGAGUAACCACAAAUUAUUGAUCACCCUUGCACUUAGGAGACAGUAUUGUAGAUUCCUUUUGUAUUAAAUUUCAAGAUCCACCUGGCACCAUGGACUCCAGAGAAUCUCACCUGUGUUUCCCCCCCCCCCCCCCCAUACACUGAGGGUACGGUUAUCUGGCUCAAUCCUCUUUCACCUCGGAUCUGCUGAUGGUAACAGAGCUGACUCACGUGAUUGGAGUCCGGUGAUUGGGGGGGGGGGGGGGGUGUCAGAAGAGUAAAGACAACAGAAAAAAUGCAUGGAAUAAAA